AUGGUUCGAGCGCAGCGGUUUGAGAGGGCGUCGGCUCGAAGGAACAGCUGGCCCGCCAAGCGCAAGCCGUUGAAGAAGGAUGUGCCCAACAUCGUGGUGAUCAUGAACGAUGAUGUGGGCUUCGGAGCUCCCGACACAUUCGGCGGACCGAUCCACACCCCGACGCUGUCUAAACUGGCCUCUCGGGGUGUGGCCUACAACCGCUUCCACACCACGGCCAUCUGCUCACCCACGCGCGCCUCCGUGCUUACGGGCCGGAACUCCCACAACAUCGGCGCGGGGCAGAUCACCGAGGCAGCAGCAGGCUUCCCCGGCUACACGGGCACCAUCCCGAAGUCGGCGGCGACCGUGGCAAAGGUCUUGUCCGGCUAUGGCUAUGAUACUGCAGCCUUCGGAAAGUGGCACAACACCCCAGUCGACAACUUAUUCAAGACAGGGCCGUUCGACCAGUACCCUACAGGCCUGGGCUUCAGCUACUUCUACGGCUUCAUUGCCGGCGAGACGUCGCAGUACGAGCCGCGCCUCUUCGAGAACACCAACCCGAUCGAGCCUCCGUACACCCCAGAGGAGGGCUACCACUUGACGGAGGACCUUGCGGACCAAGCUGUGAAAUUCAUCCGCAACAACCGCGCGCUGACGCCGGACCGGCCUUUCUUCAUCUAUUUCGCACCUGGCGGCACACAUGGCCCCCACCACGUGCACAGUGAGUGGGCCGACAAGUACAAGGGCAAGUUCGACAUGGGCUGGGAGAAGCUCCGAAACAUCACCUUCCAAAAGCAGAAGGCCAUGGGCUGGAUCCCGGACACUGCGGAGCUGACCGAGAUGGACCCAACCAUGGAGAAGCAGCUUCGAUGCAAGAAGUGCGUGAAGCUAAUCCUGCCCGAAGCAAGGCGGGCAUCCUUCAAAGACCUGCCCUUGGCUUUGACCCUGAAAGCGUCCAAUGUUUUCGAGACAACGUGA